AUGACACAGUCGGGACCACAAAAGGGUGAUCCAACCUUAGAGAUAUGGAUAGGUGAACGGAGCCUAUACAUCUUCAUUGUCUUUUUGACCGUCUUCGGCUCUGUCAUCUUGAUUCCUACCGCAUAUAUUCGCUGGCGGCAUGAACGACUGAGGGAACCGGAAGUUAGCUUUAUUGUACUUGCAUAUAUAUUCUUCCUUGCAAACGAGCUCGUCCUCCUUGGCCUUCAGACACGAGUCUACCGGCUGAGCUAUGUUGCUCUACGGAUGAAGCCGCCCUAUAGGGAGAUCCUCAAUGAUAGACACGACGUUAUCAUUCUUGCAUAUGCCUCAACCUACCUCUUUUACUCCGCUCUCUGGUGCAUCAAAAUUUCCUUGCUCCUUUUCUUCCGUCCAUUUCUGAGGGCAUUACCAGAUCAACUUCGGUGGUGGAAUGUGACAAUCACGUACCUCUUCAUCACUUUUGUACUCGGAUUCCUUGCUACUCUGCUCUCCUGUGGUGGACCUCGACAGCUCAACCACGUUGCUCCGGGCCAAAAGUUCUGUCAAGGCCGUAUGGAUUCCAUAACCCGAAACAUAAGUUUAUUUGGUUGGUUUGCCGCGGAUGUCUCAACUGAUCUGCUGGUCAUGAUACUUCCGCUCAGACUCAUAUAUGGAAUGCACAUUUCAUACUCACAGAAGAUUAGAGCCGGUGCUCUAUUUUCUGUUGGAAUGCUUUGCAUGAUAACUGCUAUUAUCCGUCUUGUUCAAAUUGGCUCCAAGACUGGUAUUACAAAUCCAAAUGUCCAAUGGCUGUCUCUCUGGGGGACUGUCGAAGCUACAACUGCCAUGGUUGUCGGGUGUCUUCCGACCUUCCGGUUGAUCUUCAAGUCGCCUCCCAGGCAUGACCAGCUCACUUACUCGAUUAAAAUGCCUUGGAACAAUGAAUCGAGCUCCAACCCAUCUACUUCGAGCGGCACUCAACAAGAAGCCCCUUCGUCGAGUUAA